AUGGCGAGCCCAAGGCUGAUUGACCGUGACGAGCGGACGCGAAAGAAACCAAUGCGUGUGCUUGUCCUAGGCAUGUGCCGCACCGGAACCACCAGCAUGGCUGUCGCAUUGCGCAAACUAGGAUACACGCCGCAUCAAAUGCGCGAUGUGCUCACCAAGCCCUCGGAGAUUGAACUAUGGCAAGAAGCCGUCGACGUGACGUUGCUGCCGCCCCAAGACCGCGUGGCCUACCAACGGAACCAAGCGCCCUACGGCAAGGAAGAAUUCGACAAGCUGCUGGGCGAGUACGACGUCGUCACGGACCUGCCCAGCUGUGUCUUUGCAAAAGAGUUGGUAGACGCAUAUCCCGAAGCCAAGGUCAUCUUGACCAACCGCAAAUACGACGACUGGGAACACAGCAUGCAGGAAAGUAUCUGGUGUCUGGACACAUGGCGUCUCUUUAUCCUCUGCCGCCAGCUUGGCGUUACCCAACUAUCCGCGCUCAUGCACCUCAUCCACUCAAUAUUCAAAGCCCACAACAACAAUACCUAUGGCGGCCCGCGAGCAAAGUCUGCCUUUGAAAAGCACUACGACACGGUGCGUCGCUCGGUGCCCAAGGACAGGCUGCUCGAGGUGGACACCGACGCCGAAUUGGGCUGGGAACCACUGUGCAAUUUUCUGGGUACAGAGAUUCCCAAGGAGAGCUUCCCAAAGGUCAAAGAGGAACAAGCCAUGCGCAAAGGCCUGGAUAAGGCAUGGUGGGGUAUGGUGCAAUACUUU